GUGGCGGCGGGCGGCCGCACCCCGACCUACCGCGGAGCCCGCCGGGCGCGUGACGAUCUGUAACCAGUGGUGACGUGUGGCGGCGUGACGUACCCAGUGAUGGCGCCGUGACGCCUGGUUGUGACGUGGUCAGCUGGAGGUCAGGUCGGCUGAGGGUGCACCAUCGUGUCAAUCUGAAGGUGUCACGUGUUAUCGCCUACUUAAAGUCUCACGAGCCAGCCAACGAAGUCGGCGAACAGCCUCCGACAGCGAUCCGCUUCACUCGGGCACGAGUGUCACAUCAUUGCCGUCACUCGGGCAGGAGUGUCACAUCAAGGACGUCACAGAAACUAAGCCGGCUGGAACGCCGCAGCGAAGAUGGCUCAGUUUUAAACCCUUUGGCACGUGUCAAGAUUUUUAUCCGGAAAUCAGUGUGCCGUCCACGCUUAGCUCUGAGUCGGUGUGAAGGCCGCGCAGGGGUCAAUGCUGUGGUCAGUGGCGCAUGAAGUGUGCCACACACCCAGCGUUAAGCUUAUGUAAAUUUUAUAACAUCACUGCAAAAUUGGUGGUAAGAAUAAUGGCUAAGUCAGUAUUGCUGUCGAGUGACCAGCAGCCUGACCUGACCUGACCUGAGCUGGGCCGAGCUGAGGAUAUUGAACGGUGACGUGGCAGCGUCAUGUACGCCUCUGUCAGUGGCCAUGGUAACGGCGGCGGCUCCAGCCGACACUACUCCAAGAAGGGUGUGCAGGGCCGGCGGGAGCGGUCUCUGUACCGACGCGUGGUCAACUUUGUCACUCAGUACGUGACCGGCACCCAGUUCAAAACAGACUAUGAGUUGGAGGACUUCGAGGGCGACCGGAGGUACCGACCGCGAGACGUGGCCUCCCUCUCUGCCGACACGCACUUCUCACCUCACGAGGUCAAACGGAUCUACCGCGGCUUCAAGGUCGAGUGCCCGAUGGGAGUGCUUGGAGAGGAGGACUUCAAAGACAUCUACUCACGCUUCUUCCCUCAGCAGUCGAACACUGGAUUGUACGCCCAUUAUGUCUUCAAUACGUUCGACAUUAAUUCGACCGACCGCGUCAUCAAUUUUGAGGAGUUUCUCAAGUGGCUGUCGCGGCUGUGUCGUGGCACGGCGGAGGAGAAGCUGCGAUGGAUGUUCCGGCUGUACGACAUCAAUAACGACGGCCGGAUCACGCGCGGCGAGAUGACCUCGGUCUUCAUCAGCAUCUACGCCCUGCUCGGGGGCGUCAGUCUGAGCUUGCUUCAGGAGGACUCGGCUGUCGCCGGCAGGGUCGACCAAGUCUUUCAGAGGAUGGAUCUGAACGGAGACGGCGUGGUGACGGUGGACGAGUUCCUCGAGUUCUGCUCCUCGGACCCGACCAUGAUGAGCUCGCUGGCGCAGCUGGCCACUGUUCUCUGAGAGGAACUGGCCCCGGUCCUCUGAAGAACCGAGGAGGACCUACAACGAGCAAACUCCCGCUGAGGGAAGCCCAAAGUCGGCUGCAGUCCUCUGAGAGGAGCUGACCAGCGUCCUCUGAGGAGUCGAGGAGGACCUUCAAUGAGCAGACGUCCUCUGAGGGAGCUGAGACCGACACCAUCCUCUGAUGAAUCGAGGUGUAGCUGCAACGAGCCAACCUCCUCUGCGGGAAACCCGAAUUCGGUCACAGUCCUCUGAUGGACGCUGCGGCGAACACAGUCCUCGUAUAGAGGCCGAUUACAUAUAUCAGUGCCCACGCUGAUUAGGCUGGCGUGGCCCGAUCGCAUCACGCAGUGCUCUGUGACGCACAGUGACGCUUCGUGACAUCCCGUGACGUUUCAUGCUGCUCCGUGACGCACCGUGAUCCACCGUCGCAUUGCGUGUCGCCGUUGCGUGUGUUGGACCAGUGAUACCUCCUCGCUCCUAUGGGAAGGUGGUGGAUGACAGGAAAACUGUAACUGCGUGACGCUGGCAGGAGGCGCUUCCAGACAAUGUUCUCGUCCAUCCCAAACAGUGAACCUACCAGUGGACAGAGGCAUUGCCGGCCAGUGGCCACCCAUCGCCGUCAUGCUCCGAGCGCUGCCGUUAGAGCUGGCCGGCCCCUGACGGCCGUCGGCGUGCGGUAACGAGCGGUCGGUGAUCACGACCCGUUCACGGCACGUCGCUUGUCGGGCGCGGCCGUCACCUGCCUCCGAUCGAGACAAACGACCACUCACGAUCGUCGUCGGUCGUCGACGAGCGUCCAUAGCGCCUGCCGGUCCCGACAUCGGCACCUCGUCUGUCCGCCGAAUGGGUCCGAUCAGAGGCGAGGAGCGGUGACGAGCGGUACGGGACGAGGUGCAGGGAGGUAGCAGAAAUGGGAGAGAGAGAGAGAGAGAGAGAGAGAGAGAGAGAGAGAGAGAGAGAGAGAGAGAGAGAGAGAGAGAGAGAGAGAGAGAGAGAGGUGGUAGCAGACAGACGGAGAAACAGUGAGACAGAGACAUCAUAAAGACAGAGACCGGUAGAGGAGAGAGAGAGAGAGAGAGAGAGAGAGAGAGAGAGAGAGAGAGAGAGAGAGGGAGAGGGAGAGAGAGAGGGAGAUAAAGAGUUAGAAGUGAGAGGAAGAUAAUUUAAUGAGGUAGUACUAGUAGAUGAAUGGCUGUGUAAUGUGCGCGAAGGUUUUAUCAGGCAUAUCGCUUCUUGAUUCGGCGAUGAGUAUCCCUAUGUAGAUGUUGUCGAUCGCACUGUUUACGCGGACAAAACGAAAUGACCAACCGCUCAAGACAGAUCGGGAGCCUGUGUGAGGUUUUGUCGCGUUCAAAGGACAUUUAAUGCCUUCAUGAGGUGAAGGGACUGUGCUUUAUGAUGCCAGAUGGUUGUGUGAUAGCCGAUUUGUUUUGAUGUGUCGUGUCCAGUCUGAUGAGGGAUUUCUGCGUCGCUCGGUGAGCUGCACUGACGUGGUUCUACCUGAUCACCGUCUUUAGGCCGUCCUUUGGGGCAGGCAGACCGGUGCAUUUGUUCUGUGAAGGAGGAUUGACGAUUGCUGGAAGUUUUAUAGUGUGCCUCAGAUGUCUGAGGUACUCGGGCAGCGUUUGUGACAGUUUGGCCGUCAGCGCUACACUUAUGACCGUUCGCUGUCGCAUGUGACAUGUGACAUCUGAGCACUGCACCCACACCGAAUCAGAUAACGCCGGCACCGAACGUCUAAUCAUAAUUAGUGUUCCGUGUAGCGCCGUAUUGGUCAUCGUGCAACUUACAGUCAUCAUUGCAUCGAUGUUCUUUGUCAUGUCAUUGCUUUGUCGCCGUUAUGUCUUAAAUAAAAUUUAUUGUGUCAUUGACAU